CACGUCGAGUAGUACAUUGGAAAUGACAGUGGGUGAUAUUGGAAGCGUGAAAAUAUGUCAAAAUGUCAAAAAUUACUCAAUAACAAAAAUAGUUUGGAAAACAUCUGGAAAAGUGGUGUGAAAAAUUAAAAACUGUAAAGGGACUUGUUGGUGUGGGUUUUUUAAGUGAAUGCACAUGAUGAGUUGUCAUGUUAACCCAAGGAAUUGAUUAAAUUAUAGUUAACAAAAAUGCUCCAAUCUAUAUGUCGGCAUUCGAGUGCUUUACCUUUAGAGACUUGUUCCUUUUGCAAUUCUUCAUCCCCCGAAAGCCUUCUCGACCUGUGCUUCAACUACAUCAACAACAACCUAGAUUCAAUAUGCGUCUCGUGCAGAAUAACGGGGCGACUGAACUUGAAAGAGGGCGUACACUUGCCUGUAGAGAUAUGCGAGAAAUUCCUCGAUGUUCGAGCAAAUAGCAUGUCCCGAGUCAACUCAAACUUCAUCAAUAUAUUUAAAGAUAGGCAGAGCACAAGAUUGAAACGAGUGAGAUUACGAGACAUCGACAUAACGGAUAGGGAUUUAGAAAUUUUACUACAACACAAGCUUAUAGAGUUAGACAUUUCGUAUUGUUCUAAUCUGACUUCGUCAUGUAUAAAACACAUAACCGAGUACGGCACGAGCUUAUCCUCCCUCACGAUUGGGGAAAAGGUAGACAUUUUCCCGACAAACAUUUUCGGAAAAUUGAAAUUCACCGAACAGCAUUAUGAUAGGGGAUUUAUUUUUCUCGCACCUUCGUUAAGGAGACUUACACUCAAGAGUCUCAAUGCUCUCCAGCCUGAUUUUUAUUUAUUGCUGUUGAGACACUUGACUUCUUUGACUCACUUAGAUUUGUCCAACUGCAGCGAUUUGGACAACUUCGAAUACACGGAACACUUGGUUAACUUAAAUUCUCUAGUUUUGUAUAACGUUUCUGGAAUUGAGAACAUGAUUCCUGCUAUUUGUAAGCUAAAAACUCUAAGGCAUCUAGAUAUAUCGCAGUCUAAAGAAGAAAAUGGAAAAUACGAAAACGGGUGCCAAAUUCUGACCACGUUGGUUAAUAGUUUGCCGAAAUUGACGUCUUUAGACAUUUCUGGAACGAACUUGGCGGGUCGAGGGGUGGCGGAAACCAUGUCUGGACCAGUAUGUUCCGACAUCCCAGGACUCAGUUCGAGAAUGAACACGCCUUUCCAGUACUUGGGUUUGUAUGAGACGUCGCAUGAUGCUUGUCUGAGGCAUGACAUCCCAGCUAAAUUGAUUGCAGGCAAUGCAAACGAAGAGCAAAUCCUCGUCGCCGCGUUAGCCUUUCUCGACCGAACCGACAUGUUGCAGAAAAUUUUGAACGAACUUUUUCACCUUCUUCGCUUCGAGAGCUGCUCGUACGUAGGUCAAGCCUUGAACAUAGUCCUGGAGGCUAUGAAUCGUCAUCUUGCCGAACGACACGUACAAAUUUCGGGAAGUGCAACUCUUUUUUAUAUUGUCAAAGGGACGGGUAAGCAGCUGCACGAUGUUGUGCGAGUAAAGAGAAAAAUUAUAACGGCGUUAUUGAACGGGAUGAGCGUGCAUAGGAACGACGAGACGAUGAUGAGGAAUGGGUGUCUGACAUUGUGUCAGUUUAAGAUUCCUGCGGAUGUGCUUUUUGAUUACGAAAGGCUUGUCGAAAUUCUGCUCCAUUCGGUCUACGGUAUGGCGCAAGAAAGCUUCGUUCAGAGGAUAGGAAUAUACCUGUUAAACUCCUUAGCCUGCCAAAUCGACGGCCAACAGAAAGUUAGGUUAGGAGAACUCGGAGCCAUCAAUAAAAUGAUAUGGUUGAUCGCCGACAGGCUCGAGCGAGGCCACUGCGACGACGUUCUAGAAGUGGCGUGGUCGACAAUGUGGAAUGUAACCGACGAAACGCCUUCUAAUUGUAGAAAAUUUUUAGAAAUCAAGGGAAUGGAAUACUUUUUAAUGUGUCUAGAGAAAUUCCCGAACAAAGACGAGCUUCUCCGAAACAUGAUGGGUCUCCUAGGCAACGUGGCCGAAGUGCGCGAGCUGCGUCACUUUCUCGUGACGUCGAAAUACCUGACCGUCUUUUCGGACCUUUUGGAUUCGAAAAGUGACGGAAUCGAGGUGAGCUACAACGCCGCUGGAGUGAUCUCACACAUAGCGUCUGACGGUCCCGACGUGUGGAUGGUGUUCCAACCCACGAGGAGCUACGUUCUUGAUAAAAUGGUGCGAGCUAUCGACAGAUGGGACUUGAACUCGCAGAGAAACAUCAAUUAUCGUUCCUUUGAACCCAUUCUAUAUUUGGUUAAAGUCUAUCAUACACCAGAGUGCCAGAAGUGGGCGGUUUGGGCCCUAGCUAACUUGACCAAAGUUUAUCCCGAAAAGUACUGUUCGCUUAUAGAAAAGGAAGGAGGGUUAGUUUUACUCCAAGAACUGAUAGAUCAUCCCCUGCCCCCCCUUCCAGUGAAAAAUUUAGCCGCUAUGGUUAUAGAGAAUUGCAGGAGAUACAAGGAGCAAGAAUGGAUAAACGUGGAGGACCAACUGGAUGGUUAAUCUCUCUGUUUUACUAUUUAUAUUAUAUUUUUUAUUACUUUAUUAUUAUUUUCUAAUACUCGCAGCUGCGGUAAAUUUGUUUGUGAUUAUGUUAAUCAAAAAAUUUCUAGAGUCUCAUCAUGGGUAACUGUAACCACAUUUAUUGCGCAUGUGGAGUGUUGAUGAACUAAUUGUAAAUAAUUUAUUUCCAAUACGUAUUAAAUGGGUUAGCCUUACUUUGUGGAAUUAGUUGAAUCUAUUUUAUCAUGACAUAAUGCGUAUGUUAUUUUUAUUAUUUAUGCAGGUUAAUUAUAUUUUAUUUAUAUAUUUUGAUUUUUUUCUUCUAUCUUACCUACAUUUUUAAGCUAUUAAUAAUUAAGAGGAAAUAAAAUUUUAUAAUUUA